AUGCCUAAUUCCCAACCUAUCUCUUCAGACCCUCGCCGAUCGUCGAUUCCCGCCCCUGUGGAGACCGAUGCCCAUGAUGACAAUGUGAACUUCUUGCGAUCGCGACCUGCUCUUUACAACCCGUUACUACCCUCCUUGAGCCGACAGCGUCGCCGUCGGUAUCCAGCCAACCCCCCACCCGAAUCCGAUCGCAUGGAAGUGGACGACCCAAACAACCGCUCCGUCGAACUCAAUCGUCGCAUCCCUAUCCGUCGAGAAGAAACCGCCAUGCCAAAUUACGAGGGUCAAGGGCCCAACUCCCGCUCCCUCUAUGGCUGGGCGCCCGGAUCAGAUGACGAGGUCGCGCGAGAGGAAUCGGAGGAUGAUCAAGUGCAGCCAUUCCUCCAUGCCGUCCCAGGCCGACCAGCCACACGACCCCCGCGACAUGAACUCCCAGGUCCCGCGCAACUCGUCCCCCAGGAUGCUGCAAACCCGCACGCAAGCAACCGGGCGCGAACGCCGAUCUCCGCCAUGGCGGCCUUAUUACAAUCAGCCAGACGCCAACCUCGACUGGCAAGAACUCGCACGCUCGAAAAUUAUCUCCUGGAUCGCUAUUCAGAUCCCACAGACCAAAACCAAGAAGCGGAUAAUGAGCAUGCGGUGGCGUCUGCAUCUCGCGCAUACCGCUAUCGCCCCUCAAAUCGGUCCGACUCACAACAAACCGCCCACACCCACAACGAUCUCCGCGCUCGUGCUGCCGCUCACCGUCAGCUCCAGGCAGACGGGUAUUCGAACGAUAUCCUGAAAGAAACGAUAAACUAUCUUGAUCGCCUUCGAUAUUCAAAUUCCCUCGAGGAGAGCAUGCUCGCCGCGGCCGACAGCCGGUUGCCAUUCUCGAUGGAUAACAAUUCGUGGCACGACACCGAUUUCAUACUCUACACACCCAAUAUCGCGCCUCCGGCAGCCUGCUCAUGGCUCCGAUCUGGCAUGGCCUUCGAGGGCUCCCAGCGAGCCGCGAGUGCGGGAUCCUCCAUACUCUCGCAGCGAGUCACGAGCCCGCCGGCACCCAGCGAUCCCGUCAUAGUAAAUGACACCGAAAGCAACCCCCGGGCCCCCAUUUCCAAUUCGAGCAACCGACGGAAUACCGUCACCCAUCGCGAUGAGAACUGGCCCGUCAAAGUCACCAUCCACCAUAUCAAUGAGGAGGAGAUGACGCUGUCGGGAACGAUGGAGGCCUACAACAUCCCCGACAAGACCUCCCCUACACAUGACGCACACAUUGUGACAUUCUUGGAGGGCGAGAUCAUCGAUUUCAACAAGCACACGCUGGAGACUAAAAACUUCAAAGCAGAUGCCGAUAUCGAUAGUACAUACUGGCGACAACUGCAGCCGUUCAAGGACCUGAGUGAUGCAGAGAUGGCGCGUAAUCUCGUCAGCCGAAAAUGGAUAACGGAAGAAUUGUCCAAGGGUUGGAUUUUGAUGAGAUGGAAGGAACGAUGCUUUAUUACGCCCACGGACGCCCGCCAAGGUUUGACCAUCUCCGGAUUCUACUACAUAUCUCUUCGCCGCGAAGACGGACAUAUCGAGGGUCUUUAUUAUGAUCCCGGAAGUUCGCCAUAUCAGCAGCUAUCACUCAAACCUGAGACGACGAAAAUGGUCCGACCGGCUUAUGACUUCCGCUGA